AUGAGCGAAUCUAUCGAAUUGAUUGAAGGCGAUCAUAUUCUCGAGCCUGUCGAAGAGGCGGUCGCAAUGUACGAGGAUCUUCUCACGGAUCUUCGCAAGUUUCUGGAGGAGCACGAGCCUCAGUCAGAGGCCUCCAACACAAUGAACCUCCCCGCGGUCACCGUUGGUGACAGCACGCAAAACAUCUUAGAUGGACCUGGUGGUCGCCCCUUCAUCAAGCUCGCCAGCAGACCCGGUCCUGACUCCCUCGAUGCCUUCAACCUCAUCAUGGCCAAGAUUACCGCACAAAGCAUCAGCACCUCCAAUGCCAUGCUCCCCCACACAAUCUUCAAGAUCUCCAAGCAUCCAGAAACCCGUGCCACCAACCCCGACACGAUGAAGAAUGCCACCACAGCUGAGCUCUUCGACACCAUCUGUCCUCGUCUGGAAGUCGGCAACCAAUUCCACACUGCCUUCAAGAGAGUGGGAAGAACUACUUUGUACGGUUUGAAGCAUCUGGAGGCAUUGAACGAGGAGUGGCAGAAGCUUUGGCUGGAGGGUUGGAAGGACUUUGAGCCCAUGACUAUCUGGCUUACCACUAAGCAUAUCAAGAUGGGUCUGCAAAAUUUGGAUGGCACUAUGAAGAACAGUCUUCGUCUGAUCCAUGCCUACCAAGCUUCUGUUGGUUGGUAG